UAAGCAAGCAAAGACGGAAAAUCAUACGGCUUCAUGGUAUGAGAUUGUCCGAAUAAUUGAAAAACAAAAAAAAUUCAGAAACUUCAAGGCUUAUCUUUGCUCGCAUAGAUUCUCACUCAACAAGCCUGUAUCCCUUGUAAUCAUGUUCAAAUCCUUCUGGGGUUCUGAAGAACAGCAUAAUGAGCAGUCAUAUGGAGAUAGACCAGUAGUAUCCCGCAUUCCACCUAAUGAAGCUGCUGGGAUUGUUGUUGUCUUAAAAGACAAAAGUGCUAGCGAGUUGCAGAAGCUUUUAUCCAACAAAGAUGCAUAUCAACAAUUCUUACAUUCACUUGACAUUGUCCAAAAUCAGAUUCAUCUGAGGAAUGAACUGCGAAAUGAAACUAUACAGCUUGCAAAACACAACUUGGAAAAAGAACCACACAUCAGGGAGCUUCGAAACCAGUGUCAAAUAAUUCGGGCAACCGAACUGGCAACUGCCCGAGAGAAGCUGAAUGAACUAGAAAAGCAGAAGCAAGAAAUCCUCAGAUUUUACUCUCCCACAUCAUUACUUCAUCGUCUUCAAGAGUCGAUGCAUAAGACAGAAGAGGAAUCAGAGGCUUUACACCAACAGCUUCUUGAUAGAGAGAUUGAUCUCACUACUUUCACUCACAAGUACAAGAGGCUUCGCAACUUGUACCAUAAACGAUCUCUCACACAUCUUGCAGCUAAUACUUCCUUGGUGGGUUGAAGUUGUAUGUGUGUAUUUUUAUGAACUUGGGUUUACUUAUUUUGUGCUCAUUAUGCCUUAUAAUUGUUACAUGGUUUGUGUAUAUAUUGCAUUGUACCUUAAGAUAUAUAUAGCUAUACCAUAUCUAUCUUUUUUA